UCUGCUCACAGAACACAAUUCCAUGGAUUCCUCUUCCAUAAGGCCGAAGAACGGAACCUCAAAUUCCGAUGACUCCGACCGCCGCGACGGCAAGGCGAUUUCCAGGAGGAGGCCGCCGACGAUAGCAGAGCUUUUGGCAACCUCAAGCUCUACACUCGCGACGAUCAUGUUCGCGUGGACGAUCAUCCGCCAAUACUGCCCUCACAGACUUCACCACUAUUUCCAAGAAUAUACGGCGAAAUUAAUCGAUUACAUUUAUCCCUAUCCGUACGUCCGAAUCUCAAUCUAUGAGUUCGUCGGCGAACGCUUCAAUCGAAGUAGAGCCUUCGCGGUGGUCGAAGCUUAUCUGAGCAAUAAGCUUACAGACGACGCCAAAAGACUCAAAGCCGACGUCGGAGAAAACAAGAACAGCUUCUCGCUGAGUAUGGACGAGCACGAAAGUGUCACGGAUGAGUACGAAGGCGCCGAAGUUUGGUGGAAUUUGAUCAAAAUAUCCGGUUCGGCGAAGAAGUCCCCUUCUCUGUAUCCUGAGCCCGAUCGGAGAUUGUACCAGCUCAAAUUUCACAAGAAGCAUCGGGAUCUUAUAAUCGAGUCGUAUUUGAAGCAUGUAUUGAAGGAAGGAAGAGAGAUCAAAGUGAGUAGGAGGCAGAGGAAGCUUUACACUAAUGGAAGUGGAAAUCGAUGGCCGAUUCACCGGCAGACGACCGGAUGGAGCGAAGUCUCAUUCGAGCAUCCUGCAAGUUUCGACACGAUUGCCAUGGAUCCAGAGAAAAAGCAAGAGAUCGUAGAAGAUUUGCUGACGUUUAGCCAGAGCAAGGAUUAUUACGCUCAAAUUGGCAAGGCGUGGAAACGUGGUUACCUUCUGUACGGCCCACCGGGAACGGGGAAAUCGACGAUGAUCGCCGCCAUGGCCAAUUUGCUCAACUAUGACGUUUACGACUUGGAAUUAACUGCAGUGAAGGACAAUACAGAGCUUCGGAGGCUUCUAAUUGAGACGACGAGCAAAUCAAUAAUCGUGAUCGAAGACAUCGAUUGUUCGCUGGAACUCACAGGGCAGAGGAAAAUUAAGAAGGAACCUAGCUCGGAGAAAGAGAAAGAGAAGCCAAUCAAGGAACCGUUGAAGAAAGAAGAGGAAGAGGCGAAGAGUAGAGUGACUCUAUCCGGAUUGUUGAAUUUCAUCGACGGAAUUUGGUCGGCGUGCGGCGGAGAGAGGCUGAUCGUUUUCACGACGAAUCAUAUGGAGAAGCUGGAUCCGGCGCUGAUACGACGGGGCCGGAUGGAUAAACACAUCGAGCUUUCUUACUGCAGCUUCGAAGCUUUCAAAGUGCUGGCGAAGAACUACUUGAAUCUCGAAAGCCAUGAGCUAUUUGAGAAGAUUGAGGAGCUAAUCGGAGAUGCAAAAAUGACGCCGGCGGAUGUAGCGGAGAAUCUGAUGCCGAAAUCCCGGCAAGAUUGUGCUGAGAAUUCGCUUGGUAGGUUGAUCGGGAACCUGGAAGAGAUGAAGAGAGCGGCGGAGAUGGCGAAAACAGAUGAGACGAAGAAACAAGAAAAUUCAAAGGACGAGUCCUCCUUGGAAGCAGAGAUGGAGAAAACAGAGGAAGUGAAGAAGCCGGAAAAUUCAAAGGAAUCCUGAAAGUGACGUGACGACUGUUUUUGACUUGCGGGGGAAGACUGCUUGAGAAUGGAGGGAACAGCAAAGUCCACUAUAAGAAGUCAAUGGUGAUGAAGAUAGAAAUGGUCAAAUAUCUUGAGGUUUGCUAUUUUUCCUUUUAUAUAGAUAUAAUCCAUUUUCUUUGGACUA